AUGACUUUCCGAAGGAACUACGUCAUCGCCAUCUUCAGGGCAAGAAAGUCCCAGGGAGCGAAACCACUUCGAUUUGGAGCGAAACGACUGGGGGCGAAGAGAAAAAACGACCGGGUACCCACUGCGCAGGUGCGUGUCGUACAGGAAGCAAUAAAUUUUAGGAAGAAAGCAUAUCUCAUGUUGAGAAAAACACUGAUUACGGCUAAUAGUAUUGCUAGAAAUUGGCAGAACUAUUUGUUUCUGAUAUCUUCUUAUUCUUGGAGUUGCAUGGGUCAUAGCUCUUCCGCACCAAUGGCGAAUGCACCGAUAAUCGAACCAAAAGGCAAACACACUGCCACGGUGAUAUUCCUACAUGGCCUUGGUGACACUGGACAUGGCUGGUGUGAAGGUUUCCGAUCCAUCAAGCAAGACCAUAUAAAAUAUAUAUUUCCCAAUGCUAACACGAUGCCAGUGACAUUAAAUGGAAAUUUUAGAAUGCCAUCUUGGUUUGAUCUGUACACUUUAGAACCAGGUGGAAAAGAAGAUGAAGCCGGUAUAAAAAAAGCUAGUGACCAAUUACUAUCUAUGAUAGAUGAGGAAGAACAGAAACAUUCUAUUAAGCUCGAUCGUAUUUGCAUAGGAGGUUUUUCACAGGGCGGUGCAGUUGCCCUCCACGCAGGACUAAUGUCAGGAAGAAAAAUUGGUGGCAUUAUAGCACUCAGUUCUUGGUUGCCUUCACAUAAAAAAGUAUUGGAGAGUAUUGGAGGAUCCAAAUCUGAUGUACAUAUAUUUCAAGCGCAUGGGAAUUCCGACCCAGUGGUACCUUAUGAAUUUGGUAAAAUGACGGCUAAAGUAGUUGGUGAGGUGUGCCCCAAUCAUGAAUUCAAAACAUAUUCAAAUCUUGGUCAUUCAUCGAAUCCACAGGAAGUGAUGGAUGUUGCGACGUUCAUAUCCAAGCGUCUUCCACCAGUUUAAUUCUAGGAAAUCUCACUUUCAUCUACAAGGAAUAUACAAUAAACUGUACAAACCAAGUUUUCUUGAAGUUUCAAUUGUAUCGACAACGUUUGAAUUCCCUCACCAAAUUCCUAUCACCAGCGAGUUUCGGCUGGUGCAUAUCUCGUGUCCGUAUAUCGUGUCCAUGUCCAUUUCACAUAUGGUUGAGUCGUGAAUCCCAUUACAUCUCGUGUACAAUUGACAAGGAUAUGUUGUAUGGAAAUGAUUUUUUGAGAUUUGCUGAAGUACGUUACUGUGUCCUGAUGAACUCCUUUUGUAAACUGGUAUUGAUGUUUUGAUCUCAUUUAUAGGAAGAAUGGGGUUCCAGUUUGAAACUUGAUGUCAUAUAUCGUCAUUUGGUAGCAAGAAAGAUGGAACCAAAUUUUGUCUGUUUUAGGACUGCAUUUAGUUCCAGCUGUGGUAACUUAUCUAAGGACCAGCUUUGCUACGAUGACCAUCCAUUUAGAGAAGUUUGGUCAAUGGUUUUAGUUACAACUGCAUUUGUCAAAUUCCUCGUCCAGUGAUGCCAGCGCAUUAUUUGGACAGGAUCGGGUGGUUGUGGGAUCAAAAGUGUCAUUGCCAGUUAGGAAGUGGUAAAUGGAUUGAAGACUUAAAAAUCAUUGAGUAUCAUUCAAACUUUUCCAUGUGAUGGUCAAGGCACAUGUACUGUAAGCUUGUCUGGUGUCAUUACCUUAAUUUGUUACUUGUAACAAUAUUCUUGGCGAAUGUAACACUGCCUUGAAUAACUCAUUGUUAUUAUUCAUUGUGUUAACAAGUGGGUAAAGGCAAAAACUGAUUACUAUAUGGCUGCAGAUAUGAUUUGGGGAAUGACUUAACUGAUUCCAAUUUGAUAUUUCUGAAUAUGACACCAGUACCACUGCUUAAAAGGCUUCUACGAGAAUGCUCAAAGGUGGACUGGUAAUGAGAGGCUUCAAGCCAGAUCUGAUUCCACUAGUUGAUUGAUAUUCUACACACACAUUCCUGGGAUAUGGAUUAGCAAAUGUGAGGAAAAUUUUUCUUUGCCUUUCGGCAAAAUGUAGAAGGUGCAUAACAUCAUAUAGUGAAGUGAUUAGCGGAACAGACUACAUGGAUGCGAUGCUUAUUGGAAAACUGUUUUAAGAAUGUUAUUGUUUCAGUCAUGGAGCUUAAUUUGUCAGGAGUACCCAUCUAAAUAUUUCUCAGGCCUAGCUCUGUUUAUGAGUGGCUGUAUUAAUCACUUCAUGAUUACAGUAAAGCAAUUUCUUUUAGUCAUCAUCAUUACCUUAAGAUAUGUAUCUGUAAAUAUUCAGCUGAGGUUAAAACAUGUUUCAUUGACUUACAUGUAGCCCUAGUUCAUGUAGGCCUGUAUGUAGGCCUUGUCUCUCUACACAGUGGUCUUCACUUUGCAGUUUUAGUUCUGUUGAUUAUAUCUGGCUUUCACUGGGAUGGACCGCAGAUGGGGAUAUCUUACAAGAACUCCCUUCUAAUAUAAUGAGUAAUGAUAAUGUAAUGUAAUGGGCCCACUGAAAGUUAAUAGAAUUCUACUUUCUAGACAACAUAAUGACAACUUUUAAAAUGUAGUUGGUGGAAAUGUCAUCACAUUACCACUUGUAGGUAUUAGAAAUUGGCGGCUCGUUUCUCAAAUAACUCCAGUAUUGGUUAAUGGUUUCUGUCUGUAUGCAAACAUUUUUGAUAAAAUUCUUGUAGAAGAUAUGCAUUUGUGUUGUACUGUGUAUUUACCAGUUGGGGCUAGCUCUUUGAGCAGUCUGGGUGCCUGUAGCUGUAUCGAUUAUUGAAUGUAUAUAACAAGGAAGGACACAGCUUUUGAAGUGUCUUGUUCUCAAUGUCUGAUUGGGCAUUAUACUUACAUUUGAUCAGAGUCGUCGGCACCUGAAGUCAUGUCUGUUGCUGAAAGAGUUAAGUUACCAUGGACAAUGUUUUGUGUUGUGUUCAAUCAUACAGUGUACUGGUAAACUUUAAGGAAGUAAAUGAACCUUUAACCAUGAUGGUGGGCUUCUCGUUUAUUUUGUGCUUACAUUGUAUGUUAUUAAUUGUACAUCUCUGUUGGUGUUACAUGUAUAAGGUUUUCUUGGCCCAUUAUCGUAAUAUGUUAAAAGCAGAAAGGCCUCUGUAUAGUUAGGUGACCCUGACUUAAUCUACUUAGACCAGUGUCGCAGAUGAAAUAUAUCAUUUUGAUGCUGUUCAUUGUAAUACCUCUUGACUAAUGGUCGGGUGAUACAUCAUCAUUUGUGUAGAUGGUGACAAGAAAACUCACAAAAAUGCUGUCUUUGACAGGUGUUUUAUUCUGAAAUAAUUAUUCAUCACAUCAACAUUGGAAUGAUCAUGUCUCAUUUCUUCUACCCAGAAAUAUAUUUGUCGUGAUUUUGGUCUUCGUUGCUUCUUGUGACCAUUUCUACUGCUUCUGUGUACAGGUCAGUGUUGUGUUUUACAUAACCAAGUUCUUCAACUUCUGUAUAGAUCAUAUUGUACAUGUACGAGUAUGUAAAUCUUUUUGAAGGGUUAAUAAAUUUGCAUCUAGUUGACGCAAGUCAUGUUAUUUUCA